UUUCGAUUUAUUGUGAACAUGGUAAUUUAAACAUAACCUACAUAAAAUCGUCGUAAACUGAUUGUAUUGAAAAUAGUUCCUUCAUAUAUAGUUUAGAAAUUUUAUGUUAUAUUAUUAUAAAGUGAAAAAUGCAGGAAACAUCUACUGUAAAGAGCAUGAUUAACAAUCGAAACCGUGAUUGUUUGGGCUGUAGAAUUUUCAGUGGCUGCGGUCUUAUUGGGUCCGGCUUAUAUGUUGCAUACCAUUCAAAAAAAUUCCAGAAAUGGACUGGAAAAACGACAAUGUACACAAUUGGAAGCGCUUUAAUGCUGCUUGGCACUGCACGAGUUUUGGACCUCCCUCCAUUUCGCAAACAAUUUAACCAUGGAUAACUCGUAAAUGAAUAUUUAUUCAACUUUCAUUACUUAUACAAAUGUUUUGAUAUCAUUUUGUUAUCUGUUUUUAUAUUUUUACUAUAACUGUGAAAUAUAGAUACAGAUAUAGUUAUUUGAAAAA